UAUCAUUUACUUGAAUAUGAUAGUUGUAUUGAGAAGAUGGUUGAAUAUAGUUUAAUGAAAAUUGAGAUGGUGUCCAAUACUUCUACAAAAAAUAAUGGUGAACCGAAAGAGAUUAAAACUGAUACAACUAUUUUUAAUUGGGAGGGAAAUGCCAGCUUAUUGAUUCAAAAAGCUGAAAAAAAUUAUAUCCCCACAACUGAUGCAGCACUUCUUUUUAUAUAUAUACACAAAUUUUACGCUGAUCAACAUGAAUUUUUUAAAAGUGUCACUUCAGAUCCAAAUUCAUUUUGUGUAGCUUUUGGAUUUGAAUCUACCAGGGAAUGUUUAAUGGAUCCAAGUAACUACAAAACAAUAGCAGAAGAAGACGUCUGAGGCAGUGAAUAUUAUCUGCAGUAGUUUUGUUAUAUAAGAUGAAAAAUAAGAACCUAUGACUUCAAUUGCAUGCUGUACUUUAUAACUUAUAUAAAUGCAAUACAAUUAUUUUGAAAUAAUACAUUCACAUAUAUGUUUUUUUAGUACAUUACAAUACAUUAAUAUAUCAUGCACUAGUAUAACUAAGAAAUUUUAAUGUGAAAAAAUAUUCUUUAAUAAAUAAGACGAUGUAAUAAGUUUCUAGAUAAACUUAUAACAAGAUUUUAUUUGAUAAAGUAUUUCUAUACUAUAUACUGUAAUUUUUGUUUAACUAUAGCCACACAUAUAAUAAACAUUAUUUUGUUUUCAAUA